AUGAUUUAUUAUUUUUCAGAUGAGCCAAUUGUUCUCCAUCAGUACAACAAAGUAGCUUCUGAUUUGCGGGAGACAGCUGAGGUGGUUUGCCGAGUGCAGGCAUAUCCUCGACCUGAGUUCCAGUGGAACUACGGCACAAAUACGGCACCUCUCCUUACAAGCAAUGAGGGACAUUACGAACUUAACAUGACUACUGAGAGUGGUGACAUAUACACAAGCAUUCUCAAGAUAUCAAAUAUCCGUGAAGCAGAUUAUGGUCUUUAUACUUGCCGAGUUGCCAACAGUCUGGGUACCAUAAGAACAGGCAUUCACCUGCAACCCAAGGGACCACCAGAACGCCCAUCUUCCAUCAAUGCAACAGAAAUUGGGCACAGCUAUGUCACUCUUCAGUGGAAGCCUGGCUUUGAUGGAGGACAUCAAAACACGAAGUUUUUUGUGUCAUAUCGCCGUAUGCUGGCGUCAGCUGGAGAUGAAUUGAUGUCUACUGAUUGUUAUGGGGCUGUAGCCCUUCUGCCCAGAAGAAGCAAUGCAGAGGGUUGGCAGGAGUUUGACUGCCAAAGGAAUAAUCCCUGCAACGUGACAUCUCUCGAGCAGCAUCACACAUAUGUUUUCAAGGUAAAAGCAAUCAACACAAAAGGCCACAGCAACUAUUCAGAUGAACUUCCUGUUCUCACAAAAGUGGAUCGUAUCCCUGAGCCUCAGCAUGUGACAUUUGACCCCACAUCACACACAUUGUCAGUGAACGUUGGUGCAACAUGUCUGCAAUUAGUCGCUCUUGUGGAGACUUCAGUGGACAACAGUGAUAAUCCCACUUCCUGGAGACUGGUGGAGACAAUUCCUAUACCAACAGGACCCGCUGCUACUCGGAAGGAAGCCACUCUUAUGUCACUAGUGUGGCAUGGUGGUCAGCAGACAUCAGUGGGCCGUUCCCUGGGAGAUGAUGAUGGCCCAGUAGAAAGGCCUGCAAUGGCAACCCAUCAGGCCAAUCCCCGGGUCCGAGUGAAAUUGUGUCUUCGUGCAGAACAAGAUCACUGUAGUGACUAUACGGAUGCAGAUAGUGCAUCAUAUAUCAAGGAGGCUGCAGCCAUCAACACACCUAUGCUGAUAGCCAUCAUUGUGUCAUGUGUGGUGUUUGUAUUGUUUGCUGGGCUUCUGUUCAUGUUCUGCCGCUGCAAGCGAAACCAACACAAGAAGGGCAGUGGCAAAGAUUAUGAAAUGGAAUCAACUGUCCAUCCAAGCUUGGUGACACAACAGCCACCCCCACCCUACUAUCCCAGUUCUGGACUGGAGAAUAAAGCCCUUGAACAUUCGUUGGACCUUGCAAUGGACGACCCAGCCAAAAGUCCAGUUUAUGCUUCACAGAAUGGAUAUGGCUACCAUGGGAACCAACCUCCUCAAGGACCACAGGGUCAUAACAUCAAUGGUGGAGAAUGGGUUAACAUGGGCUACAUGGAUAACAGCUACUCAAACUCCAACAAUGGUGGCUCCGUUAAUUCACAAGACUCCCUCUGGCAGAUGAAGCUUGCAGCAGCAGGCAGCAAUUCUGGUGGUGGAAACUCUGUUCCAGGUACUGGUGGAACACCUGACCACCACCAUCGAUCAGGGGUGGGUGGAGGACAGUAUGGAUAUGACCCUCUCACACAUGGAGGCUAUGGAGCAGUCGAUGAUUAUGCCCCAUACCCACACAUUACAUCUACACCUGGUGAUAUGGACUACCAGCAACGCCCAUCUGGUGGUAGUGUCAUACCACAGCGCCAAGACUAUGGCUCUGAUCCAUAUGCAGCAGUGCACAAACCAAAGAAAAGGAUGGAUCAGCAUAUUGACUCCCCCUAUCAUGAUGUGAGUGGCCUACCAGACCCCUACAUGGAUCAGCUCGACUGUGAUGACAGCAAACCACAGCACAUCUCACUUUCAUUUGACGAGAGCCUAGAGAGUGGAUACUCAACGCCCAACUCCCGCAGUCGGCGCGUCAUUCGUGAGAUCAUUGUGUGA